AGUGGCGUCCGGUCGCUUCGUAAACAGACAAAAUGUGAUAUUUGCGAAGUCGCGUUUCGGCGCUGACGAAGAAGUCUAUUUCAACGAAAGUCUCUCCUAACAUUGAGUCCCACGGCAACCGGUGUUCUCGCGUCAAGUCGUAAUCGCAACCCGUCACGGCGAUCUUUUUCGGAUGAACGUGCGAUCGCGCCGGAUAUCCCGCCACCAUGAGCAAUGAGUGCAAGAAGUUGGUGACCAGGUUCCAUCCCAUCCACGGGGAGAACAUCAGCUUGUGCGAGGACCGCACGGUAGCGGUGCGCACCACGAGCUUCGCCAAUUCGGUGGCUUUCAGCGAGAAGCCGCUGCAGCCCGGCGAGAUCUUCCUCGUGGAAAUCGAGAAGACGGAGAGAGGAUGGAGCGGACACAUGCGCCUGGGUCUUACCCUGAUCGAUCCGUCCUCGGUGAACCAGAGCCUGCCUCAGUACGCGAUGCCCAAUUUGGUUAGACUAGGCAACACGUGGCUCCUUGCUAUAACCAGGAAUCAAACUAUCUGGGAUAACUUUGACGGUGGUCUGUCAUCUACAUACACCUCUCUUACUGGUAUACGACGGGGGAUCCCAGCCCGAGAGAAGAAAUUGGUCACGGAUGGAGUUAACGUGCACACGUCGCGCGGGGUCAUUCCCUUCAACACCCUGAAACCGAACAUAAACGGCUCGGCCCAGUGUAUUCUACCCACGGACGCCGGUAGUCGCAUCGGCAUCAUGUAUGUGCCGCAAGCUGGCUGCACCGACAAGGCAGAGAUGCACUUCAUCAUCAACGGUGAGGAUCAGGGCGUGUGCGGACAGGACAUCCCCUACAAGGCGGGACCGCUGCGCGCGGUGGUGGACGUGUAUGGUACUACGAAACAAGUUCGGAUAGUACAAUUGUAUGGCGCAGUAUCGACACUGCAGAGCGCGUGUCGCGACGCUAUACUGCAGUACACCAACAGGAACGCGGUGAACUCGCUUCCCCUGCCGAGGCUACUGAAGGACUAUCUGCUGUACCAGUCGCAAUGAGAAGUUCAUUCCAUUUGUACAUAUAUAUAUCUUCGCGCGUAACGCGUUUGCGGAACAUCCAUUACUUCCUCCUUCCUUCUCUUUCUGACUUGUGGAAUUUGCUCAUCACAAAGGACAGAUUUUGUUGUAGAGAUCGAAACUCGACGAUCUGAUGCACUUCGUGCGAAUUUUGUCUUUUGUAUGAAGAAUUCCCGAUUUAUAUUUUCUUGACAUCGCUUCUUGUUUCUUGUCUUAGUUUUAAUUGUAUUCUCCAAGGAGAAAUUGUUAAAUCGUCAUGUGUAAAUAGUAGCGUAACGUUGAUUCCCCCCAGGAAUGGCAAAUUCAGCGAAAUUACAUUAACAGCUCGGUAAUUAUAAGUAUAGUUAUAUUUAUUUACCGGUGAUAAUCGUUUAUGGGGCAGUAACAUGCAACCAUAGAUCAAACGUAUACAUAUAUAUAUAUAUUUUUUUUUUCUGGAUAGUUACUUUUGCUCCAUUCUCUAAUUCUCCUCUAUUACUUUUCUCUAUUACUUCUCUCUAUUUAUUACGAGAUAUAAUUAUAGGAAGUAAGUCACGCUGUUGUUGAGCAGAUGAGGAAGAACGAACGAUAAUGUAGUAUACAAAUAUCCAAAGCAAGAACCUGUUUUACAAAAUAAAUGGAUUUAUAAG